ACGUGACCACUAUCCGCUGCUCUGAUUGGCUGUCAGGGCGUUAUCGUUAGAGUGGAGCAGAGGUAGCUGACAAAGUCGGUCGUGUUUAUGCAAAAGCUUCAACCAUGCUUCUUAACAAGGUGUUCAGAGCCAGCCUUCGGUCUGGGAUUCGUCUGCAGAGCUCCAGUGCUGCAGCAGCUAAAACAGCUUCCAGCGGUCAUGUUGGAUCCUCUGGCUUCUCUUUUGAGCUGACGGAUCAGCAGAAGGAGUUCCAGCAGCUUGCCAGGAGGUUUGCUCGUGAAGAGAUGAUGCCCGUUGCAGCUGCUUAUGACAAGAGUGCUGAAUAUCCGUUCCCCAUCAUCAAGAAAGCAUGGGAGCUCGGUCUGGUGAAUGGACACAUUCCUCAGGAAUAUGGUGGGAUGGGUUUGUCUAUCUUUGAUGCCUGCCUCAUCACAGAGGAGCUGGCUUAUGCCUGCACAGGAAUGCAGACGGCCAUGGAGGCAAACUCGCUGGGACAAAUGCCUGUUAUCAUUGCUGGAAAUAAUAAAGUCAUUGGAAAGUAUCUCACCAUCCUGUUGUUUCUAACACUAUCCUGCUUUAUGGUUCUCAGACUCUGCUUUCUAAAAGGUUUUGCAGUAACUAAGCCGAUGACUUUAUUACAGGUGGCAGCAGGAGCAACAGGGCUGGCCCAGCGGGCUCUGGAUGAAGCCACAAACUACGCCAUGGAGAGGAAGACCUUUGGAAAAGUGAUCGCUGAGCAUCAGGCUGUGUCCUUCCUCCUGGCUGAGAUGGCGAUGAAGGUUGAGCUGGCCAGGAUGGCGUACCAGAGAUCCGCUUGGGAAGUCGAUCAAGGUCGCAGGAACACCUAUUACGCCUCCAUUGCCAAGGCCUUCGCCGGAGACAUCGCCAAUCAGGUGGCCACUGAUGCCGUUCAAGUCUUCGGAGGCAAUGGUUUCAACAGCGACUACCCUGUAGAGAAGCUGAUGAGAGACGCCAAGAUCUACCAGAUCUAUGAAGGAACAGCUCAAAUCCAAAGGCUCAUUAUCGCCAGAGAACACCUGGGAAAAUUCAAGAAGUGAACAGCUUCCUGAUCUGUCCUUGUUUAAUUAAAGUUAACUUCUGUAGCCCUGUACAUACAAACGUGCUUCAGUAAAGUUAAUCUGGCCACUUAGUUGAGUGUUUUCUGCCUUAACAUAUGAUUCAGAUCAGCAGUCUGAUGGUCUUCAAUGGUCUGAUGCAGAUCGCGAAAAGGAAGACCACUGAAUACAUUAAUAAAACUCCUCAUGUCAACAGGACGUCCAAAUGAACACAAUAUGCUGUAAUCCUCUCAUAAACACAAUCUGCUUAUUGCCUUUUAUUAAAGUAUCAGAAAUACAUUUUAAAACAAAAUUCAGUUAUUGACUUAAAUUUUUUUAGGUUUGCACAAUAUAUUAUUUACAUCAAGCGGCAUUUAAAAACAUUUUUGGAUCAGUCUAAUAGGUAAAGCUGGGCCAAUAUUAACAAGAAAUGUAGUUACUGUUUCUGGAGGGGGAGGGGAGUGGACCGCUCAUCGGGGUUUAUUUGGUAAUGUGACGGUGAUUGUGAGGCAGGGCCAGGUUUUUGUUUAACUGAAGCAAAGAAGCAAUUUGAAUGUUUGUUUUUUUCAGUUAAAUGUUGUUGAAUAUUGGCCAUAAAGGCUAUAUUAAUAUUGGCUCAGAUUUUAAUAUCGGUGCAUUCCUAAAUCAAAGUUGCUUUUCAUAUAAUCUUCUAAAUGAUCAACUGUAUCAGGUUUCUGUAAGGAGUUAAUGUUCUGCACACUUCUUGAGAUUUUAAAUAACUCAUCAUUUUGCCUUAUUUUUCCUUUACUGUGUCUGACUUUG